AUGUCCCAGCAAUUUUUGGGAACCAUACCAUCUGAUCUGAAAGGCCCCAUUUCAUUAUGGUUUGACCAAGAUCGCGAUCCGGAAACGAUAGAGGAAGUCACUGCACUUUGUAAAAAGUCGGACUGGGAUGAAUUACACAAAAGAUUUGAUACCAGAAUUCAAUUUGGUACCGCUGGCUUAAGGUCGCAAAUGCAGGCUGGUUUUAGUAGAAUGAAUAACCUAGUGAUCAUACAAGCUUCCCAGGGAUUAGCAACUUAUAUAAGACAGCAGUUCCCAAACAAUCUAGUGGCCGUAGUGGGACACGACCAUAGAUUCCAUUCUAAAAAGUUUGCCAGAGCCACAGCCACUGCUUUCCUUUUGAAGGGUUUCAAAGUGCACUAUUUGAAUCCUGGUCAGGAAUUUGUUCAUACCCCCUUAGUUCCCUUUGCAGUAGAUGAGUUAAAUGCCUCCGUCGGCGUCAUGAUAACAGCAAGUCAUAACCCAAAAAUGGAUAAUGGAUAUAAAGUGUACUAUUCCAAUGGGUGCCAGAUUAUUCCGCCUCAUGAUCAAGCCAUUUCUAACGCCAUCGACAUGAAUUUAGAGCCAUGGGCGAAUGCCUGGAACUUCGAUGAUAUUUUAAGCAAAAAUCUCAAACAGGGAAAAUUAAUGUAUUCUAGGGAGGAAAUGUUGAAACUCUAUUUAGAAAAGAUUUCUGAUAAUCUAGUUGAGACAACCCCAUUGAAGCUCGAAGUAAGGUCUAAACCGUGGUUUGUGUAUACACCAAUGCAUGGGGUUGGCUUUGACAUUUUCAGUACCAUCGUGAAAAAGUCGAUGUGCCUGGUGGAAGGUAAGGAUUAUCUAUGUGUUCCUGAACAACAAAAUCCAGAUCCUUCUUUCCCAACCGUUGGGUUUCCUAAUCCUGAAGAAAAAGGCGCUUUAAAUAUUGGUAUGAGAUUAGCAGAAAAGCAUGAUAUUAGUUUACUUAUUGCCAACGACCCUGAUGCCGAUAGAUUUUCUGUUGCCAUAAAAGACAUGCAGUCCGGUAUGUGGCAGCAGCUAACAGGUAACGAAAUAGGUUUCCUGUUUGCAUUCUUCGAAUUUGAAAAAUUUAAGAGUAUGGAUGAGCAAUUUCAACAAACCCAUCCAUUGGCCAUGUUAAGUUCAACAGUAUCCUCACAAAUGAUCAAAAGGAUGGCGGAGGUAGAAGGUUUUCAUUACGAGGAUACACUAACGGGAUUUAAGUGGAUUGGAAAUCGUGCCAUAAUUUUGGAAAAGGAAGGUUACUAUGUUCCCUUUGGUUUCGAGGAAGCAAUAGGUUACAUGUUUCCGGCAAUGGAGCAUGAUAAAGAUGGAAUCAGCGCCUCCGUUGUCUUUUUACAAGCUUACUGUAAAUGGAAGUUAGCUAAUAAUCUAGACCCCAUAAACGUCUUAGAAAAUGGUUUUAAAAAGUAUGGCGUAUUUAAGGAAUACAAUGGCUAUUAUAUUGUUCCAAACCCAAUCGUUACAAAAGAAAUAUUUAAAUAUAUCAGAGAUGUCUACACUCCUAGGAACGUACCAUAUCCUCCUUAUAUUGGUGAAGAAAUCAGAGUACUUUGCUAUCGAGAUUUAACCACUGGGUAUCAAUCUGAUACUCUCGACCAUAAGCCUACCCUCCCCGUGGAUCCCACUUCACAAAUGAUAACAGUAUUUGCCAGACCAAAUGACAGCAAUGGGAACGAGCAUAUCCGUUUCACGAUUCGCGGGUCAGGAACAGAACCCAAGCUCAAAGUUUACAUUGAAACACGAGCCAAUGAAGAAAGAAGAGCAUCUUUCUUGGCGAAAUUAACCUGGGAUGUGCUAAGACGUGAAUGGUUUAGGCCGGAAAAGACAAAUAUCACCACAAAUUUUUGA